AUCCGGUCCUACAAGGGAAGAUUUUGACAUUAAUAUUUCACGUAUUAUUCCAGAUUUUGUAAGUGUUGCGACAAAAAUUCCAUUAUGCAUUGUUGGUGCACCGGGUCAAUCAAAAACGCUAAGUUUUCAGAUCGUACUACAAAAUCUUCAAGGAUCGCAAUUAUCGCCCAAACCAUUUUGUACAACGCUUCCCGCGAUCGACGCAUUCUUUUGUCUCGGCUCCAAAUACAGCCAUUCUGGCUACAUAGCGGCUGUUUUUGAGCGUGCUAUAAAGCGCGAACAACACUAUUCUCAAAAUCAAAUAAACACACGUUGCGUUGUAUUCUUAGAUGAAGCAGGAUUACCGGAUGAGAAAAAAAUGGUUCUGAAAGUGUUGCACCCAUAUUUGGAUGAAAGCAAAGUUGCAUUUGUAGCUGUAUCCAACAAACUCUUUGACGCUGCUAAUGCAAACCGAAUGAUGUGCAUUUUCCGAUCCUUGCCGUCUCAAGACGAUCAAAAAACGCUGGCAUUCGGUUGUUUAGGAAUAGAAAAGCCAAAAAUUAAUGCUGCUGGCCACGUAGAAAAGAUCAUAGCGGGUCUUUGUCGAGCAUAUCGUGAAGUUUUAAAAUCGACUGUUAUACCAAAAAUAUUCCAUGAUCGAGACUUCAUUUAUAUGUGUGGAGAACUACGCUUCGAACUCAACAGGGACAUUUCGGCAUCGGAUGCUCUUGAUGAAAACUGGACCACAAACGCAAAUGUUUUCAGCCUAUUCACACAUUCAAAUUUAUUGAGGGCUCUCGAAAAUAACUUCAAUGGAAUAUCAAAAUCUGAAUUCAAACAAUUAGUCACCAUCUUUUUCGCUUGUAUCACUGACGAAUGUAAAAUACCAUUUCCACCACCUAACGACAAUGAAUAUCGUAGUGCUUUAAAUGUUUUACGGGAUUCAAUGAAACUGGAAUCAUCAAGACGACGAUUGUAUGGCCGAUACAAAUGGAUCAUUGACGAAAGUGAGGAUGAAUCAGUAUCACGUUUACUAUUUGAGGUUGGCAUACUCGAGCCAGGCUCUCAGGACACAGAGAUAUUUCGAAUGUCUGACUUUGAGGCCGAUGUCGAUAACGAGCUACGCAACGUUGAAUUACUAUCUGUAUUGUUAAAAAGAAAUACAAACAUUGCAAGAAAGGUACUCAGACUGUGCUUUUACGCAUAA